AUGGCCAUCUGCGGGUAUGAAUGGCCAUCUUUUUUAAACGGGGGUAUCUUGUCGGCGAAUUCACGGAGCCCCUUGAUCUUUUUUUUGAACUGCUCCGCGCAACCAUUUGUUGAACCGGAGCUCUCGUUUGAGCACCACAGCGUCGCACGCCAAGCAUUCCACCCCGAGAUACAGCCGAGGGAGCCACCACAGCUCCCGCUGCUAGUCACCUUCGCCGUUUCCUUGGAAUUCUUGCUAAGCAUUACCCGGCGCAAGGUGGACGAGGAGCAGCUUCGGAAGGUCUGUGCAGCGAUAGAUGAUGGCAUGUUGGUUGGGAAAGCUGCUGAGGUCUUUGGGGUAGGUCGUACGUCCAUCGAAGACCGCCGCCGUGGCUUGGCGGCCAUGAACCCGAAGGUUGAUACCGAGACUAUCCUUAGCAAUGAAGAGGAGGAUUCGCUGGAAGAUAUUCUGCUGUUUGCUGCUCGCAAUUUCUUGGCUGUGCAUCGGGUUCACCUCAAAGAUGGGGUGCGACGACUCUGCAACGACGGUCGGCGGAUCCCUUGGGAUCCAGAGAAAAGGGUCCGGGGAAAGAUUGGGUUGCGGGCUUCCUUCGUAGGCACCCACGGGUGGCGGAGCGCUCGACCUGCAUCUACGAGGCAAAUAGGAUCACCGAAGACGAGGAGCCUCGCAUGGUGCAGUACCACCCCGCAAGGAACCAAGACGACGAAGGCGUUUGCGGAAUCAGGGCAGAAGGUGGUUGGUGCGAUGCGCUCCAACUCGCGAGAGAACACCACCGUGGUCGCCACCAUCAGCGUUGAUGGUCACACCUGGGCACCAACCAUUAUCUUCAAAGGGCAACGACUUCAGGCCGAUUGGUUUGUAGAGCGAAACGGCCCGGAGGGUGCGAGGUACACCUGUACGGAUUCUUCGUUCAUGCAGGGAGACGUCUUCAUCGCCUACUUAAAGGAUUUCCACAAGCAGCUCGGCGACCGAGGGUUGCUCGACGGAAAACCCCACAUACUCUUGCUCGAUGGACAUGCAUCACACGUGAGCGUGCAGGUAUUCAGGCUGGCCAUGAAUCUCAGAAUCAUCUUGUUCCAGCUACCCUCCCACACGUCGCACAUCACCCAGCCCUUGAAUGUCGUCGCCUUCGGACGCUUUAAGAAAUCGGUGACCAGAGUUUUGGCGUCCUUCUACCACAACUCCGGCGGGUUGUUGCCGCUGAAACGCGACAUGCCCAGCGUGAUCGCGGAUGCUUCGAAGAAGAAAGAGCGGCGAGACGAGCGCCCACCCCUACAGGAUGUCCCCAUCGCCGCCCUCAACGAGCAGCUGGAAAAAGACAUCGGAGAAAGGGCCCUCAGGGUUUCUGAGGGGGCAAGGGCACACCGUCACGGGGAUCCGAGUAGGCACGGUGUUUCUCGGUGGCCUCUUGACUCAAAGGAAGCACCCCGCACAACAUGAUCUACUCGACCACCACUAUGGUUACCGCCCAAAAAAAAAAAACGGAGGUUCAGAUUUGAAUCGAACACGCCCAAAUGAUCGUGAGGUUGUACCCGGAGUCGAUAUGUACCCUGUAGAAUGUCGCAUGUGGUUCGUAGGCUAUGCGACGGUGAUUUUAGGGCGUGCCAGCACCGGGGGGGCAAGAUGCACAGGUCUUGAACCCGACCCGGGGAUGUCAUCAUUUUGUCCCCGGGUGACCUGUGUGGGUGUAUUUUCAUUUUGCGAUAAAUGUUUUUCACUCAUGCUCACAGGUUCCCUCAGAAGCACUCGACGCGGGGGUGCAAAGGUGUUUUGAAACUACAGUUGUUUUCGGCGUUAAUUAUUUCCGUAGCGGCAAGCCUAAAAUCGGGAAAAGGUAUCCUAAUUUGACCUUUAAUAUAUCAUCAGGCGUGCUCCAAUGGGCGUGGAAUUGUGCGUACAGUCGAAACAUACCCUGUAGUAGAACGUCGUGUGGUUCGUACCCUAUUUGAUGGUGACGUUCGUGCGUUCCUGUACCGGGGGGGGGAGGGAUGCACAGGUUU